AUGAGCAGAGAAAUAGAGGGGCACAAUUCAGACCAAACAAACUGCAAAUGUAAAUCGCCCACUCUGUUGUCCUCAUACUGCAUUGAUAGUAUUCUAGGUAGGAAAAGUCCCUUCAAAGGAGAGCCAUCACCAGACAGUUUGUGGCCCCUGCAAAUGCACCUGCCGCCUAAGCUCCGUCGCCCCUUCGCCCCGUUGGGCAGGAUGACUGACUCCUCAAGAGAAAUUCACACAGACAACAGUGAGACAUCGGGAUCACGCCUGUUGUACAAAUCGUGUGAAAACGAAAAACUAGAGGCCCCUCUAGAAAGCAGUCAUACUAGACCCUAUCAGGACAGUACGUUUCAUAAGUCCUGCAAAAGCACCUCGAGUCCCACGCAAAGAUCGGAAGAUCAAGAGACAGACAACGAAAAGGGAAACAGGGAAACAUACUUGAAGAACAGCGAGGAAACGACUUUAUCAGCGGGAAGUGACACGGAAGAUGGGAUGUUUAAACGAAAACAGAGGAGAUACAGGACCACAUUUAGCAGUUCUCAGCUUGAUGAGUUAGAAAGAGCUUUCCAAAAGACACACUACCCUGAUGUAUUCACAAGGGAGGAGUUAGCGAUGAGACUAGAUCUUACAGAAGCGCGAGUGCAAGUCUGGUUCCAGAACCGACGUGCAAAAUGGAGGAAAAGGGAAAAGUCAGGGGUCUCAUCACACUCUCUUGGCCUUCACUAUCCUGGAAGCCCUCCUGCUGCACAAUCCUUGUGUCAUUACCUGGGUGGGAAUCCUUUUAUCCCCAACCCACAUCCAGCUAUUGAUUCUGCUUGGCCUGCGCCCCUAAAAAGACUGGCUCAACAACCCCCAAGCUCAGCCUCCCCUCACAGCUUCAGUGCUCUUUUAGGGGCAGCCAUGUUUAGACAUCCCGCUUUCAUCAACCACACUUUUGGAAGACUGUUUACAAGCUUAGGUCCAAUGGCACUGCAAAGGAUACCCCAUCCUGCCAUCGAGGGUCCAAUUCAACCACGCUCCCACCUCAUCAAUAGCCUUCCCUCCUCUUCCUCACCCUUAAUACCUUCCAUCCCCAUUGUUGACCUCCGUGCUUCCAGCAUAGCAGCACUGCGUUUCAAAGCAAAGGAGCAUUCUGCUCAGCUGACUCACAUCACAGCUGCUGAAAUGGCUGGAAAAGAUGAGUGCUAA